AUGGACUGUAGACUACGCCAUCAUUCUAGCAAAAUCCGCACUGGUGUCUUCCUUGCGGCGGCGUUUCUCGUCGCACAAGCCAGCGGCCUCGCAUUGGACGCGGGUUAUGCAGCCUCGACGCAGUAUGACCCUGCUGUCGUACAGGCCUUGGGGGGCCCGGGAAGACCGCCGACAAAUGACCCCGCCUUCACAUGUAAGGCACUGGGCAUAGCUCUUGGCGGAGGUGACACCGCGGUCGUCUCCCCGUCUUCCGGCGGCGCAUACGACGCGGCCAGGGAGAUAAACUACUCCGAGACCUGCUGGUUGCCAGCAGGCUGCAUUGUCAGCCCCAAGGACUCGCGCCAGACGGCCAGAGCGAUCAGCAUCAUCGGACAGCUCCAGACCAAGUUUGCGGUGCGCGGUGGUGGCCACAACGACAACCCGGGAUUCGCCAGCGUCGAUGGCUCGGGCGUGCUCAUCAGCCUCUCCAACCUCACCACGAUGGCCCUGGCCAGCGGCGGCGGCUCGGUCACCGUAGGCGCUGGGAGCCGCUGGGACGCCGUGUACACAUAUCUCUCCGCCAAAGGUCUCGUCGCUGUCGGGGGACGAGUCGGCAUGGUCGGCGUGGGGGGCUUCCUCUUGGGUGGAGGCGUUAGCUACCAUACCAGCCAGUAUGGCCUUGGGAUGGACAAUGUCAAAAGCUUCGAGGUGGUCCUGAGCAGUGGUCGCAUCGUCACCGCGUGCGCGUCCGAAUACGCUGACCUCUACAAAGGGCUUAGGGGAGGUGCUGCAAACUUUGGUAUCGUCACCGCGUUUGAACUGUACACCUACCCGUCUGGCCCCCUGAACUAUGAGGUGCGCCAGUACGGAUUCAACCAGAGCCGCCAGGCCCUACAGGCCCUCGCAAGCUAUCAGUUGGACGGGCAGAAGGAUCCGUUGUCCAGGGUCGACCUCACCAUCUCGUCGACCGCCUGCACCGCCCUCCUUCUCUACCUCAAGCCCGUGUCCCACGCGCCGGCCUUCAGGGCAUUUGGCAGCAUACCAUCGUACAAGCAGCUGAUGCCUCCCACCAAUGGCAGUCUCGUCGGAAUGCUGGCAUUGGGCAGGCUGGCCUUCCCCCAGGCUCAUGUCCGGUCCUACGGGGAGACCUUCAGCCACAAGGUCGACGCCGCCUUCGCGGUCGAGGCCCACGAGAUCUUCCGCGCCGAGACGGCCAACCUGCCCCCCGGGGCCGAGGCGACCUGGGUCCCCAUCGCCGUCGGCGCGACCGCCGCAGAGAUGGGCCGGCGCAACGGGGGCAACCUGCUCGGCCUGUCCGCCGUCCCGCAGCAGUGGCACGAGUGGUACCUCCAGUGGGAGGACGCCGCCCACGAUGACCAGCUCCGCGCUCUGGGGGCUGCCAUAACGGCCAAGCUGACAGCGGCGGCGAGGGCGAGGGGUGUGCUCCUGCCGUACCUUUUCAUGAAUACCGCCAGCGCCGAGCAACAGGUGCUUCAGAGCUUUGGCCGCGGCAACGUCGAUCAUAUCAAGCGUGUCGCCGCCAAGUACGACCCGGGCCAGGUUUUUCAGAAGCUGCAGAACAAAGGGUUUUUGAUUAGGGAUAUUUAA